GUUCUUACAAGAAGCUUCUGUUCUGUGCCCCGACCGCCUCAACUCCUAAUUGAAAACAGAAAAAAUGGAGGGAGGCGUUCCGUUUGGGAAAAGGUGGCUCUUUCUACAGGGAGGAGGAGGAAGAAGAUGGUUUGAUGCAUGAAGAAAUAGCACUGGUACUGAAGCUUUUCUGUUUCUUCUUCUUCUUUGGGUCAAUGAUUCAAUGAGGGUUUAAAGAGCAAAAAGUGGGUAAUAUGCACAUCUUAUGAUGAGGAGAGGGGCAGAAGGAAGAAGCUGCGAUGAACAUUCGCCAAAGUAUUACGGGGUUUGUGCUGUUGGAGGAAUGCUCAGUGCUGGAACCACCCAUCUCGCCAUUACUCCUCUCGAUGUCUUAAAAGUCAAUAUGCAAGUGCAUCCAAUCAAGUAUUGCAGCAUUUCCUCAUGUUUUGCCACUUUAGUGAGAGAACAAGGCCCUUCAGUUCUUUGGAGAGGUUGGUCUGGUAAGUUCUUCGGUUAUGGUAUUCAAGGUGGUUGCAGAUUUGGUUUAUAUGAAUACUUCAAGAAGCUUUACUCAGAUGUGAGGGUAGAUGGCAACAUGAGUGCCACUUUUUUCUUAAGCAGUGCAUCUGCUGAAGUAAUAGCCAAUGUGGCUCUCUGUCCUUUUGAGGCUAUUAAAGUUAGGGUUCAGGCUCAGCCUGAUUUUGCAAAGGGAUUGAUUGAUGGCUUUCCAAGAAUAUAUGCUUCUGAAGGCCUCUAUGGAUUUUACAGGGGUCUUGUUCCACUUUGGGGUCGAAACCUUCCAUUCUCAAUGAUUAUGUUCUCAACUUUUGAGCAUUCUGCGGAUUUUUUAUACCGUAAUAUCAUGCAGAGAAGGAAGGACGAUUGCUCUACAGCUCAACAGCUUGGGGUGACUUGUUUAGCGGGCUAUGCUGCGGGAGCUGUUGGAUCCCUUGUUUCUAAUCCUGCUGACAACAUUGUUGCCUCUCUUUAUAACAAAAAGGCUGAUAGCCUCAUGUGGGUUGUCAAGAAAAUUGGGUUUGUCAAUUUAUUUACAAGAAGCCUUCCCAUUAGGAUAAUGCUUGUCGGACCAGUUGUUACACUGCAAUGGUUAUUCUACGACACCAUUAAAGUGAUCAGUGGAUUGCCAACGAGUGGUGGGCUUAGCACUGAUUUAGGAGGGGAGGAUGGAUCAUGAAAAAAGGGUGCAGUUGGAGACUUGCAGUUCAGUAAUUUUAGAAACAGGGGGCACGCGUUUUUUUUUUUUUUUUUUUUCCAAAAUUUGAGAAACUACCAGAGAGUUAACUUUUGGGAUUCUUGUGAGGGUUGCUGUUUUCUUUUCCUUUUUUUUUGCCUGCCACCAUUUUGUGGGAAUAUUGAGUUUGCUUUCUGGGGAAAGAGGAUAUGACUUUGUUGAUAAUAAAUUUGUACUAGACUUUAAAG